AUAUGAAAAUCUUUUUGAUGUCUAAAGACAUUGCACCAUUGUUUCCUAGGUUAUCUCAGCCAUGGCCUUGACUGUCGAGCAACAAAUUUUCCUAGCAAUUCUAGUUAUUGCCUUCCCUUUCUCAGCAAUAAGUGGAGAUCCUGAUAUUCUCUCUGAUUUUGUGGUUCCACCAGGAACCAAUAACACUCGAUUGGAUGGAAACUUCUUCACCUAUACCGGCAUGAGGCCACUCGUUAACUCUCCUCCACCAACAAAUUUUACCGUCACGAAAGCAACCAUGGCUGAGUUCCCUGCCCUUAAUGGCCAGUGUGUUUCCUACGCUGUGUUAGAGUACCCUGCUGGCUCUGUUAACCCUCCUCAUACGCAUCCUCGUGCCGCCGAGCUUUUGUUUCUCACCUAUGGGAUUCUUGAAGUUGGGUUUGUUGACACCACUAACAAGCUGUUUACACAAAGACUUCAAGCUGGUGACAUGUUUGUAUUUCCCAAGGGACUAGUCCACUAUCAGUUCAAUUGUGCCGAGAACGAUUUUGCAGUCGCGGUUUCGGCCUUCGGUAGUGCAGCUGCCGGCACUGUCUUGGUUCCUUCUACCGUGUUUGCAACGAAUAUCGAUGAUGGCGUCUUGGCAAAGUCAUUCAAAACUGAUGUUGACACAAUUCAGAAGCUCAAAGCAGGGUUCCAACCUAAGGCCUGAGAUGGGGGAUUCUAAUUUCUAAGCUAU